CACUUUGUCCAGCUCUUAAGCCUCUCAAACUCCUUACUCGUACUCCGUCAUCCCGUCGCAAUCGAUCGAACAAGCACCAGCACAAACCGGCAAAGAAAUACCCUGCAGUCCUCGAUCCCCGCGAUAGAGCAGAAGCACAUCAGUCUUAUUUACCAGCGAACAAGACAGUCAACAUGUCGUGGGCGGGAUUCAAGAAGAAUGUGAACCGCGCGACGACGCAGGUGAUGAUGAAGACGGGGCAUGUGGAAAAGACAAACGAUCGCGAUUACGAGGUCGAAGAGAGACGGUUCAAGACGAUGGAAACAGCUGCACUGCGGCUGCAGAAAGAAUCAAAGGGCUACCUGGACUCUUUGAGAGCCAUGACAGCUUCACAGAUGAGAAUCGCCGAGACGAUAGAUGCGUUUUACGGCGACUCCGGUGCGAAGGAUGGCGUUAGCAGGAGCUACAAGCAGGCUGUCGAAGACCUCGACGCCGAAACCAUCAAGGCCCUCGACGGCCCUUACCGAAUGACGGUGCUCGAUCCCAUUGCCCGGUUCUGCGCCUACUUCCCCGACGUCAACGAAUGCAUCAAGAAGCGCUCGCACAAGCUUCUCGACUACGACGCUCUGCGAGCCAAGGUGAAGAAGCUGGUCGAGAAGCCAGACAAGGAUGCCACUAAGCUGCCGCGGACGGAGAAGGAGCUGGAAAUGUCAAAGGCCGUGUACGAGCAGCUGAAUGAGCAGCUCACCACCGAGUUGCCGCAGCUGAUUGACCUGCGUGUUCCCUACCUGGAUCCCAGCUUUGAAGCCCUGGUCAAGAUCCAGCUGCGGUUCUGCGCAGAGGCAUACUCGCGUAUGGCGCAAGUACAGCAAUACCUGGAUGCGGACACUCGAGAUUUGUAUGCAGAGGGUCACCUUGAUGCAAGAGUGGAGCAGGUGCUGCAGGAGAUUCGGGAGCUGAGUAUUAGCGGAACGGUGUAAUUGGAUAUGGAUUAAGGUGAUUUUAAAACAAGGAUCAAAGAAGAGGCGACUAGGGAGCGAGGAGUUGCGAAUUACAAAGCUAAUCGGCGUAUGGAUUGUUUGUUUAUUGUAUCUAGAUAUUGGUUGCUCAGGACGAGUCUAUGGAUAGACUGGCACUUAUGCGCCGGAAGUGUGCCUGUGGUAGGGCAGUAUGUUCCGGGUAAUGAGAUUACAAUUC